UCGACAUUCGACUCGACAUUCGAGGCUCAUUCGUUGUGUGCAAUGCUGUCGAAUCGAGGUCACUUUUCGUUUAGCUUUGAGUCAGCGUUGCAAUGAGUCUCGAAGAAGGUGCCGUGAAGCAGCCUCUGAACAAACCACGGUCUAACCGCAGACCAUGGGCAUCUUGGCGUCUGGUAGCGGUCGCAGCGGUCGGCGCGCUGCUCGUAGUUACCCAGUUGACCAACUACUCGCCCCAUUUCCACGCUCAUAUCGCCAAGCACCACAUUCUUCGUAACCUUCAGGAACAACCCGCACUUCGACUUUCUUUCGAGAUCAAGCGUAAGGCCAUGUACGUGCACGGGGCUUCGAACUUCGACGUUAUCGCAAUUCCGGCACUAAAGCGCUCGGCGGACGAUCAUAGUAUGGUGUACAACGGUAUGGCGUCGUUCGAGGAGGACGGCCACACUCAUGAGUACUCCCUCGUGGACGGCACGACGUAUUACACACGUCGUUCUAAUGGCCUCCCAGCAUCGGAGGCCGAGUCGGGAUGCCUUCCUGCGGGCUCGGUUCCGCCUAUCGAGAGCGUAUUGAACGCCAUUCACAGUGCGAAUACCGCUACGCAGUCUGGUGCCUCGAACGACAAGUGUCCCGGUGGAUCUGUUAUGGUGUUCCAGUUUGCGGGCGAAGACUUCGUUUUAUGCUCAGACCAGUCGUGGCUUCAGGAUGACGGAUUCCAGAUUUUCGGUAAGCACUUAAACGUCGGUGUGAAGUACGAGCAAACAGCUCCGGUUAUCGUCCCUCCACGCGUGUCAACGGAGUUAUUGGACUCGUGUGGACAGGUCCCGUUUGGAGAGCGUAUCACUCCGUCUUUGUCGUCGAUGUUGACUCGUUCGUUCUCUGAGUGGGGACACCGCUCUCUUCGCGCUCAAGAAGCCGAGGGUCUUUUCGAUAGUGCUUGGGAUCUCAUUACUGACGAUAGCUGUGGCUGCAAGGGUGCUCAACGCGCCUGUGUGUUCGUCGCUGGUCUGAGUUCAUAUGACGACCACGGUCUGACGGAGGAUGAUCCGGAAGGCUACUUUGGAGACGAAAUCGGUGAUCACUCGCCGUGUUGUUCAAGCAGGAAGUACAUCACUCUAGCCACCAAGGAAAACUCGUGGAAUGACCCUGUAUUCCAGCAACGGCUAGUCGAUCUGCUUGUUCAGGUGAGCGGUACAAGUGACCCGGUAACAGGAACUAUCAAGGAUACAAUCUACGUUGGUCACUCGAUGGCGAACCUCCUUCUAGCGGGAGCCAUUGCCAACGGCAAGAUUAUUCUUGAUCCGUCGACGACUUGGGUUUCUGCUAGUGCCCCAAUGGAAGGAAGCAUGGGCUCCAACUACAUCCAGGAAUCGUGCAAUGGACAGCAAAGUGGCUUCGUUGCCAGUAUCAUCGAGUUGCUGGGCAACUGUCCUACGAACACUGGGGAGACGUCGCUUGCCUACCAGGGCACCAACUUCUCGUCGCAGCCGUUGAAUGAUGCCUACGCUGCUGCCCAAGAUGCGUUCGCUAAGAACGUAGACGCUGUCAUGUGUAGCACCAGCUUUUCAGGCUUGGUGACAGUAAAGGCGGCUAUCUACGCUCUGGCUGGGAAAAUUCUACCGCACCACUCUUCUCAAAAUGAUGGCAUCGUGGAAUACACAAGCUGCUCCAUAGGGCUUAAUCAGGAUAUCUUCGACAAUACUUACAAAAGUGCGCACUAUCGAACUGGCCUGAAUCACGUGGACACGUCUUUCCGAAACGGAGAUGGCAUGUUCAACGAUAACAAGAAGCCGUUGAAGUGGUUCGAGUGUCUCCUGUAGAUGAGAAAGAUGGUAGGGAUUUCAUGGUCAGGAGCACGGUUACCUGUUGUGGAAGUACAGAAUUUUGUUGUAUCGAUGGUAAAAGUCGAAUUGGUGGUGAGUACAGAUGCACGACAAUUUAACCAGCUAUGCCAACCCA